AUGAAGGCUUAUCUCAAAACUUUUGAUAUGUGGGAGGUGACUGAAAGUGGUAAAGAACCAGCUCUCUUAAGAGAUAAUCCUACUGUUACUCAAAUUAAGGCUCAUAGUGAAGAGUGUGCUAAGGGAUUCAAGGCUAUGUCAUGUCUUCAUUCCUUUGUCUCUGAUGUGAUUUUCACAAGAAUCAUGGCUUGUGAAUCUGCAAAAGAAGCUUGGGACAGACUUAAGGAGGAGUUACAAGGAAGUGAAAGCUUGAGGCAGAUAACUAUUCUCAACUUGAGAAGGGAGUUUGAGGUUCUAAAAAUAAAAGAAUCUAAAACUCUAAAGGAGUACAUUGAUAGAUUAAUGGCUAUGGUCAACAAAAUCAGGUUGUUGGCUGAAGAUUUAAUAGAUAAAAGAGUUGAGGAGAAGGUUCUUAUGAGCCUGCUUGAGAGAUUUGAGUCUAAAAUCUCAUCUUUGGAGGACUCUAAAGAUCUGAGCAAGAUCACUCUACGUGAGCUCAUAAAUUCUUUACAAGCAACUAAGCAAAAGAGAUUUUUUAGACAAGAAUAUGCUUUUGAGAAGGCUUUUGUUACAAUACAUAAAGGAAAGCAGGACAAGCAACCUGAAAGUGGAAGUAGUGCUGCAAAAAAGGGCAAAUUUCCACCUUGUUCAACCUAUAGAAAAAUAAAUCACUUGGAGAAGGAUUGUUGGCAGAAAAAUGGUAUUAAGCCUGUGCAAUGCCAUUAUUGCAAGAAAUACGGUCAUAUUUCCAAAGAUUGCAUAAUUAGAUAG